AAGACUAAUCAAUAUUCCAGAAGCUCAGCUUUCCCCUCUCUUCUGAUGUGUUUUUAUUUUUUUCAGAGUUGGGCUAAGAGUCUCCUCCCCUUUUCUUAAGUUACAGUGUUAGUAAAUUUCUGUAUUCCAAAGCAUAUGCAGAUUGUUAGUUUUCUCUGUCUCCCGGUAGCUCAACUUCGCAGCUCUGUUGUAUUUGCUGGGAAACCCCUACCUUAACUGACACCACUGUGGUCUUAGAGUACUGAAGAUCUGAAAAGGUUUCUCCAGUACCUCCAACAGAAAAGGGUCUUCGACUUUUCUGAAGCAAUAUUGACAAAAGUUAAUUGUAAGAGAAAACUUUCUGCAAGAUAGAUGACUAAAGGUAACAGAGAAGAUCCAAAAACUGGAAGUAGGAUGGAACGCUUUCAACAAGGAGUCCAGAAACAUACACUUUUGGCAAAAAAAAAAAUGCAGAGCAUAACAAAGGAUGAUGUUAAAAGUUAUUUAUUGAGGAAUGUCUUUGUGCUCUUCACCAUUGUUGCUGUGAUUCUUGGUAUAAUCCUUGGAUUUUCUCUCCGAUCAUAUAAAAUGAGCUAUCGGGAAGUCAAGUACUUUUCAUUUCCAGGAGAACUACUCAUGAGAAUGCUGCAAAUGCUGGUCCUGCCACUAAUUGUAUCGAGUUUAGUCACAGGAAUUGCUGCCCUGGAUAGUAAAGCAUCAGGGAAGAUGGGUGUCCGAGCAGUAGUCUACUACAUGAGUACUACGAUCAUUGCUGUACUGAUUGGUAUUAUCAUUGUGGUCAUCAUCCACCCUGGGAAAGGUACUAAAGAAAACAUGCACAGAGAAGGAAAAAUUGUGCAAGUGACAGCAGCAGAUGCCUUCCUUGAUUUAAUCAGAAAUAUGUUCCCUCCAAAUCUGGUGGAAGCUUGCUUUAAACAGUUCAAAACUAACUAUGAAAAGAGAAUGUUUAAAGUAGAUAUUUCAUCCAAUGACACAUCCACAGUGGCUUCCAUAUUAAGUAAUGUGUCAGAAGCAAUGGAAACCCUCACUCGAAUGAAAGAGGAAAUAGUUCCUGUUCCAGGUUCUGUAAAUGGAGUGAAUGCCCUUGGCUUGGUGGUUUUCUCAAUAAGUUUUGGCCUGGUAAUUGGAAGCAUGAAGGAGCAAGGUCAGGAAUUAAAAGACUUCUUUGAUAGCCUAAAUGAGGCUAUCAUGAGAUUGGUCGCUCUAAUAAUGUGGUAUGCUCCACUUGGAAUCCUCUUCUUGAUUGCUGGAAAAAUUGUUGAGAUGGAAGAUAUGGGUGUGAUCGGUGGUCAGCUUGCCAUGUAUACUGUAACAGUUAUCAUUGGUUUGCUAAUUCAUGCUGUCAUUGUCCUACCUCUUCUCUACUUCCUGAUCACUCAUAAGAACCCUUGGUUAUUUAUUGGAGGACUAAUCCAGGCAUUAGUCACAGCUUUGGGAACGUCUUCCAGUUCUGCAACACUACCUGUUACAUUUAAGUGCCUAGAAGAAAUAAAUGGAGUGGACAAGCGAGUUACAAGAUUUGUACUCCCAGUUGGUGCUACAAUUAAUAUGGAUGGAACUGCUUUAUAUGAGGCUUUGGCUGCAAUUUUCAUUGCACAGGUUAACAACUUUGAUCUGAACUUUGGACAAAUUAUCACAAUCAGCAUCACAGCUACAGCUGCCAGUAUUGGAGCUGCAGGGAUUCCUCAAGCUGGACUGGUCACCAUGGUCAUUGUGCUUACAUCAGUAGGUUUGCCUACAGAUGAUAUCACUCUUAUCAUUGCAGUGGACUGGUUCUUGGAUCGUCUCCGUACCACUACCAAUGUCUUGGGAGACUCCAUUGGAGCAGGAAUUGUUGAACAUUUAUCACGGCAUGAGCUGAAAAAAAGGGAUGCUGAGAUGGGUAAUUCUGUGAUAGAGGAGAAUGAAAUGAAGAAACCAUACCAACUGAUCUCACAAGAAAAUGAGAGUGAGAAACCAUUAGAUAGUGAAACCAAGAUGUAGGGUAAAUAAAGCAUGAGUCCAACACUAUAAGUGUGGAAAACACAUACUUUUUCCAGCCAUUUAUAUCUUGAAUUCACCAAGUUCACUUAUUCCUUGUUUUCUCCCUUUAUGCUAGUACUGGAAAGAUUUAAUGAAAAUAUAUUCCAAAUUAGCAGUGAUUGUUAGAUAUGUUGGCUUCCCACUUAAAAAAAAAUAAAUUAACAGGCAACAACACUGGUCCUGCUAGACAUGUGCUAACUGAGGAUAAAUAAAUAGAGAUUGUCAAUUAAACAAAAAAAAAAAUAAUCACUGUAUAUCCUACUCAGUCCUGUAAAUGUGAUCUUAUUCUUUUUAAAAAAAAAACAAACUAUAAAGUAAAAACAGAUAAAAGAGCCUGAAAAUGAUUUUAUUUUUUUAAAUCCCUGUUGCAAAAUUCCUAACAUCUAUAAACACACAAUCAAUACUUCUAACUUGAUAACUGCAACCAGCUAAGUAAACUAACUGGGUUUUUGCUUUUUAUGUGGUAUUUUUUUCUCUAGUGUUAUAUUCUUGUUCAAAUACUAGCAGGACAAUAAAAAGGACAUUCAUUGAAAGGAUAAAAGAGAAGAAGGUGUAUAAAAGAAAAAAAUACCCCUAAUGAGCAUUUUUAUUAGCUGAGUUGAAAUAUUUCUGAGAAAGCAAUUUUAUCUGGACAAUUUUUUCAUUAGCCUCAGCUGAUCUUGACAAAAACUUAGCCUAGUCAGCUCCCACUGACUUGCAAACAUUUAUGUAUGUAUUGUACUUACACUCUGUAUUUGCCCCCUUAAUUUCAACAUCACAACCUAGUUGAACAAUCUUUGUGUGUUUUUGUAGGUGCAAGGCCCUAGGCUGUAUUGACUCUGGAACAGAAAAUAUGUCUUCAUGUCUCUUUGAAAAAAAAAAAAGAUAGCAUGCUCUGGGUAUGCUUAUUAUCUACUUAAUAAGCAAUAACAAAUAAAAAGGCAGUACCAACCCUCUGCAGAAGAUGCAGAAGGGUGAGAUGCUCAGAUCCUAAAGGGACUGGAUUCUAAAUCUGAAUCUCUGAGACCAACAGGAAGUUUUCUGAUUGGAAACUUCCCAAAUGCUUGGUCAUUCUACUGAUAAAUUAUAAAGCUAUUAGCUGAAUUUACAUUUUUCCAUCUGGAGAAGAUGGUUCCCUAUGUCAAUGCGAAAUUUUGAAAUCCUUGUGUGUUUAUCAGCAGUAUCUCGAAAAGAAAACUCUUUAGAAAGUAAAAGCAAUGGGUGCUUUUUUACUUUUUACUAGGAAAAAUAUAUAAAUUUCAAAAUAGUAAAUAGUAUUAAAAAAGUUGAAUUUUUAAUUAGAAAGGAUUUUAAAGCGCAAUAUUGUGGGUUUCUUUCAGGGAAUAGAUAAGUAAAGAAUGAAAAAAGGGAGAUAACGCACUUGCAAUCCUGUGGCUUUUUUUGUUCAUUUCAAUGUUAUUUCCUGAUGAAGCCCUUUUUUAGAAAUACACAUUAUGUAUUCUUUCCUUUUUGCCUUGUGUUAUUAUACAGGUUAAACUGGAAGGAUUUAUAAUGCAGUUACAGUUGGGGGAAUGAAGAAAUAUUAAUCAAAAGGCACAAUAGGUUGAGUGAUCUUUUUUAUUUAAAUAUUUAAUUCUCUUCUUUCUCCCUCCCAUCACCAAACAAUUCUGAUAGAAAUGAAGGAUGCCCUUGCAAUGUCCUAGCUGCCACACAAAAAAUAUUCAGUAUGUUGUACUUGUCAUUAAAAGAACAUAAAUAUGAUGCAUAAGUAACUGUAGUGAAAAAAGUCAGCAUGCUGGUUGAAGACAAACCUUUUCCCAUGUUUAGAGCAAUGAGGCAAGGCUUUUAUUUAGGGCUGAAAACUCCUGCCUGUCUUUUCCAGUUGAGUAAUCCAGACAAUAUUAGCAGGAACUCUCCAGUAAAUUAAGUGAGCAAGAUUUAAUACAGAGUAUUGAGCAGUCAAACCUAUAAAGCUCUAAAUGAAUCUCUGACUGAAAGAAAAUAAGUAUGGGGUGGGGUUUUAUUGCUAACAGAAUGCAAAUGUAGGAUAGAGACAGAUAUUUUCUGAUAUGUAAUUAGAGAUAUUUUUAUAUAGAUAUUGUUUUCAGAAUGUGUACACAAAUGUUAACUGUAGAAUUCAUGGCAUAGCAAUUUAAUUUUUGUUUGGAAAUACAUUGCAAAGACAAUGUAAAUGACUGUCUUUCUAUGACAUCAACUGAAAAAAAUGAAUUGUGUCACAAAUAAUGUGAUCUUUGCUUAUACUAACUUUGUUUCUUACAGAAAUCAGAUAUUAUAGAAUUCCCUUCCCCAUCUCUCAUUGGUUUUGCAUUGGUAUGCACCCAGAAUGGACUGAGAAACAUUACUUUGUAGAUGUAUUUUCAAUAAAAAUAGUUUUACAUUACUGUUUUUCUGUCAUUUAGGAUUUCUUUCAAAGGCUCUGUAACAGAAGCUUCACACAAACUGAGAGCAAACAAACUCAUAAUAUGGGAUUUCAGGCAUUCCAGGCCAUUUUAUACAGCAGGGCUUUGAUAUAACAGGGCUUCCUCACUUCAAAUACCUGCUUACGGUUUCAUGAUCAAAAAUAAAUGAAACUGCACAGACAAAAGGAAGCAAGGAAGGGUAGAGGGAGGACCAUUAAAAAUUAAAAGAACCAAUGUUAUUUCAACUUAAGCUCAUUCAAAUUCAAGUAUAUAAAUUCAUAUUGAUAUCAGCAAAAUAUUAAAAAAUAAGCAUUUAUAUUUUCAUUGAGUCAGCUACUGUAAAACUGCCAGUUCAUUAUGGAUGUGUAAUUAGAUGGUCCAAAACUCAGAAAGGUCAUUGAGCCAUGGGAAGCAAAAUAUAUCCAUUGACUGGGGUAUUACAAUGUUGCAACAUUACAAUCAUCCUAGACAAUCUACAGUUUUUCUCACAGAAGUGGUUUGUGAUGGUGUCGGGGUUCAUUCAGCAACAACUUCAGCUAGGAGAGUUAUCAUCUAGUGAAAGUGAAUGUCUUGUCAGAAGGACCAGGAAGAUAUAAAAGAAAGGCACAAGCUGAAUCACUUGCAUCUGGAAAGCUAUGUUGGUUGUAUCAGAUGAAGGCGGCAGGAAGAAGUCCUGCCUUCCUGAACAUACACCAACAAACCACUGGACAAUGUCCUUUAUAAAUUUGUCUGCGGUACUUGGGUGAAAACAAUAUAUGAGUUCAACCAUUUUUGUAAAAAAAAGAUUCAGAGAAGACAUGGUGUUAUAAAGCGCAUGAGCAUAAUUUUUCCUAAUUUUUUUCUACUUAUCUACUGAUUAAUUCAUUCAGUCUUUGUGUUUCUAAAAUUUCUAUCAUGAUGGGAAGAGCUAAUGAAAGAGAGUUAGUGUAUUACUUGGAGGUAUUACUGGCACAGUGGCCUCACUCACUCUUCUAUGCCCCCAUGCAGAAUAAAGAUCUCUGUUAUUCCAUAAUUUUUCAGCAGUGUUUUCAUUUGGAAGUUGGGGUACAAAACAGCCACACCAUUCUUAGGCAAGAAUUUAUGACUCUGUAACAGUGUGUGGCCAGUAUAAAGCAAAGUGAUCAUGCAUGUGGAAAAUCAACAACUGGAACAGGAAAGUGCUCCUGUCUUCCUUUCUGAAGGACUGGAUUUGCACAAGUGAUAUUUGCGUUCCGUUGCAGGCACAAUUGAUGCUUAGGGCAUUUUUUUUUUUCAACUGACACUGUAACA